UGAUUGAGCGGUUAGGAAGUGCUCAAUUAGUUUUUUUAUUUAAUGGAUGUAGUUGUUUCGGAUACUGCAUGCAGUUGUUGCUUAAUUUUAUAGCAGGAUUUUGUUUUUGUGUACUGAACCCUAAAUCUUCAUCACGUAUAUCUGAGUUUGAGACCAAGUUAUCGCUGUGGUUUUAAGUAUAUUCGGCCAACCCGCUAAACCUUUUUUUAUAUAAUCGUCGAUUAAAAUUGAUGUCAUUUGGGCACAUUUGAGUUCUGUUUUGGGGAGGUUUUGAUGGCUUGUUAUCUUAUUUCUUUGAUGUUUAUGAACUACUGACUGAUAAAUUUUUAGAAGUAUUGACAUUUAAAUUGAAUAAUAAGAAAAUUAAUUUAUAGACUUGAAUGAUAAGUUUGACUUGAUUAUCUGAAUGUUGCCGCUUUUGUUCUGAUUACAAUCAGGAACAAUAAAAUGUUCUGAUGGAGGCCAAAGGUGAGUUCUUUUACCUGAUUUCAGAUUUUAGGGUUAGUUUGUAUUUUGUUGCCGCUUUUCUCAGAGUUCUUUUGGUUGCUGCAGUUUCUGAUCACAUUUUUUAAUGUUAGGCGAAGAGUACAAGAACACUUAUUGAAAAAGAGGAAGAGGUAAAGUGGAAUAGAUGGAGAUACACCUACUCUUCAAGAAUUGCCAUUGAUCCACUCACUACAUCAUUGAUGAUUGGGGUUAGUUCUUGCUACACUUUUGUAAUCGUAUUAUGGGAGUUCAUACACAAGUUAUCAUUUGAGGGCAUGUUAAAUCUACUGGCUUUUUAUGCAGCCUCUUUCAAGGUAUUUAGUCUCUUGCAAAUUGGGUGGUGAAGGCAUGUAACGGGUCAAAACCUGUUCGUUAAAUCAGUUUGACCUGUUUCUUUUAAGAAAGAAUUUCUAAAUUUUAUCAUUUGACCUGUUUGGCAGUAUAAUAUACUCCACUUUUUCAUUUUUGCACAACUUGGAGGCCAAAGUGUCCUCUCAAAUUUACACAUGCACCCUUUAUAAAAUAGGAUGAAAUUGUAGUUGUACUAAAAUAAGAUUUUAUGACUUACUGAUAGAUGGAAUAUAAGAAACUCCACUCAAAUUUUAAAUCUUCAAAUUCAAUCAUCAUAUUUGAUCGUUAAUCUAGAAGAUGUUUCCAAAAAAGUAGAAUUAUUGGGACUUGAGCAUGCAAACUGUAAAACCUUAAGAAUUUAAUAAUUGCUUUACAUCUUGGAAUCUCGGAUUGCGAUUCAUCCUUUUAUAUGUCAAAUGCCAGUUUGAUUGAAUUGAAACCUAGACAAUGCUAAUGUGAUCCUUGCUAAUUUCAUUAUAAGGCGGGUUGCUUGAAUAUAAUACUGAAACAAUAGGAAUGAGACCGAGCUACUGGUAGUGAUUGUUGGAAAGCAACCGGAAGUAUGGCAAUGGUUGUUCAUUGAACCGUGCUACCGAUACUGAUUACUGUAAAGCAACUAGAACUGCGGUCCGAGGAAGCAGGUGGUUGCACAUUCGGUCAAGGCAUGUUUACAAUUUUUGGUUGGUAGAGUUGCCCAGUACCUUAAGAAAGGACAGCAUGCUUUGUGAGUUUGUAUUGGUGUACCUUGAUGCGAUUCUUGAGUACCUUGUCGCUGAAGUAACUAACUAAUUUUCUGAAAGUUGCCAUAUUUCUAAAACUCUGUCUAAAAAUUUCAAUUAUCUAUCAUAAUGGAUUGGACGGGUUGUUUUCCUGGCAACGACCACAAACGACGGCCCCGCAGCAGCAGCGGACAUCGUUGCUGGUUUUGGUUUUCAACAGUGUUGGUGGUAGGGACGUAGCGGAUAUCCUUGAUUAUGUAUUUUGUUAAAUAUUUAAGACUUUUUUGUGUUCUGUUUCAUCAUUACUUAAAAUUGUUAGGGAUUUUGAGUGAAGGAGUUGAUUUCGCAGCGUUUAGGCUUUCAAACUAACCAGCUAGAAGAUGCUAUUUGAUGAUUACUAUGUGUUGGCGAGAACUACUGAUGAGGCGAAAGAUGUGUUGGCGCAACCGUUGCCGCAUAAGCGUAGCGUUAGUCUACGCGACUCGGCUGCAAGCUCAUUUCAUGAUAUGAUGAAGAUGAACAUCUUAUUAUUAUCUGGAACAUUGUUUCUGCUUCUCAUUAAUCCUGCUCUUUCACUUCCAUUGUGUACAGAUUUAAUUGCACCAGUUACACAUAAGACUCCUCCGACUUUCUGUAAUUACAAUGGCAGUUCAUGCUGCGAUUCUACCGAUAACUCGAAUAUUCGAAAGCAGUUUGAAUCCAUGAAUGUAUCUCAACCUGCCUGUGCUUCUGUUCUGAAAUCCAUCCUUUGUUUGCGAUGCGAUCCAUUCUCAGCAGAACUGUUUACAAUCAAAACCGUUGCCAGACAAGUUCCUGUUCUAUGCAACUCAACAGUUUCAUCAACCAACAACUAUUGUGAAACAGUAUGGGAUACAUGUCAAAAUGUAUCCAUAACAAAUUCACCAUUCUCACCAUCAUUACAAGUUUCAGCAUUACUUAAAAUUGUUAGGGAUUUUGAGUGAAGGAGUUGAUUUUGCAGCGUUUAGGAUUUCAAACUAACCAGCUAGAAGAUGUUAUUUGAUGAUUACUAUGUGUUGGCGAGAACUGAUAAUGAGGUGAAAGAUGUGUUGGCGCAACCACUACCGCAUAAGCGUAGCGUUAGCCUACGCGACUCGGUACGCUUUCGCUCAAUCGAACAUCUAGGAAAAGGGGUGCUCAUCGCUUCUUUCCUUUCGCCGGUUUUAAUUCCCUCAUAGAUGGAUCGUUGAAUGUGUGCUUCAGCCCCUUCGAUUCUGUAUAUUCCUUCGAAAUUGGUACAUUGUUUCUGUUGGGAUUAAGUGGUGUCAAUUUUACUUUUUAUCAA